AAAGCAACAGUGCUUGAGCACAACAACACAGAGACCCAAAGGGACAGGGAUGUUUCGAUGAAGAAAAUUUAUCGAAAUCAAAGAAAACAUUGACAACAACCAACCCCGAUUGCUGUGAUUUUUGCAGAUUUCAUACGUGUAGAUGGUGCCGAGCCCAUGAACUUGGCUAGUCAGAGCGGAGAGGCCGGCUGCAGCCAGCUCCUCUUCGCCAACUUCAACCAGGACAACACGUCCUUAGCUGUCGGCACCAAAUCGGGCUACAAGUUCUUCUCUUUGUCUUCUGUUGAUAAAUUAGAACAGAUUUAUGAAUGUACUGACACUGAAGAUGUGUGCAUUGUGGAAAGACUGUUCUCAAGCAGUCUCGUUGCUAUUGUUAGCCUUAAAGCGCCCAGGAAGCUGAAAGUGUGUCACUUUAAAAAAGGAACGGAGAUCUGUAACUACAGCUACUCCAACACUAUUCUGGCAGUGAAACUCAACAGACAGAGGUUGAUAGUAUGUCUGGAAGAAUCACUUUACAUCCACAAUAUCAGAGAUAUGAAAGUACUGCACACCAUUCGGGAGACUCCUCCGAACCCGUCAGGGUUGUGUGCACUGUCAAUUAGCAACGACAAUUGCUAUUUGGCAUAUCCAGGAAGUGCAACAAUAGGAGAGGUACAAGUGUUUGACACAAUCAAUCUGCGUGCUGCUAACAUGAUCCCUGCCCACGACAGCCCACUGGCGUCUUUGGCUUUCGACGCAAGUGGCACUAAACUGGCCACGGCCUCGGAGAAGGGGACCGUGAUCAGGGUAUUCUCCAUUCCAGAGGGGCAGAAGCUGUUUGAGUUCAGGAGAGGAGUGAAGAGAUGUGUCAGCAUUUGCUCCCUUGCCUUCAGCAUGGAGGGGCUCUUCCUGUCUGCCUCCAGUAACACUGAAACGGUUCAUAUCUUUAAGCUGGAGACCCAGAAGGAAAAGCCACAGGAAGAGCCCACAACUUGGACCGGCUAUUUUGGCAAAGUGCUGAUGGCCUCCACCACCUACCUGCCGGCCCAAGUGACAGAAAUGUUCAACCAGGGCAGGGCCUUUGCCACUGUCAGACUGCCAUUUUCAGGACACAAGAACAUCUGCGCGCUAGCCACAAUUCAGAAGAUCCCUCGUCUGCUGGUGGCAGCAGCGGAUGGCUACCUGUACAUGUAUAACCUGGACCCACAAGAGGGUGGCGAGUGCACACUAAUGAAACAGCACAAAUUGGAUGGCAGUGUGGAGUCUGUCAAUGAGAUCCUUGAGCCGACAACCCACGACCGUCCGCUUGUGGCACAGACUUACACUGCCACUGUGUCCAAAGGCUACUCUGAGGACCAGGGGGCAGUGGGGGGGGCUGGCGUGGAGGACGACAUGAGCUCUCUGCGUCUGGACGAGGAGAACGAGCAGCCUCCCAUGAUCCUGGAGACGGACUGAGCACGCUCGGUGGGGCACACGGCGGAAAGGGGGGGGGCGGAAAGCUUGUCCGGAGCUGCUACGAACUUGUAUCUAAGCGGAAGAGAGGUUUAAAGGAGACGUUUCAAAGCGGACCUCGACUGUAGACUAAUUCACUCUCUAUCUCUCUCUCUUUCUCUCUCUCUCUGUAUCUGUGUCUCUGUCUCUCUCACACUCUCCUCCCCUCCUCCCCUCGGCUCAGAGAGAGAGGUUUGGAGAAGGGGGAAGAGAGGAGGAUAGUAUUUUUUAAUUUUUUGAAAAUCUCUGCUCGGCUCUUUUUCCCUCUCCCCGGUUCUUAAAAAAAAAGAUACAGAUCACAACGCUGCUCGCUGCGUAGCUUGCAUGUACAUGUGCCAAGUGUAGGAAUCGCUCGUAAUAAUUUGCAUUCGUGUAGAUGGUUUCUGGCGAGCGCUUCUCGCAUUAAGUGUUGUCUGGAACGUAGUGUUUUGUACAUUCGACGAGGCCGCAACUCCCAAAGUACUCUCGUGGCAGAAAAGCGUCGUGUCCGAUGGCCACCGGGGUACGGUUUCAUGACUUGUCUGAGGAAAGCAUGACCGUUGGGGAGGGCAGGGAGCAGGGACUGAUUUUUUUCGGGCUCCCUUCACUAACCCCAGGUGAAACAGCCUGCCGUCGCCUAGCUCUGCCUCCACUUCCCCCUCCUAUAGAGACGGGCUCGACUCGGUUCCCAUCUCAUCAGUCACAUUUUACACGGAGGAAUGUAUCAAAUGAUCUUAUUACCCAGUCUACAGUCUACAUAUAUUUUUUUAUUUUCUCUUCUUUCGAGGCAUGCUAAUGUGACAGGUUUGUUGUCCAAGUCAAAUGAGUAACCCAGUGUUUUCAGUAUGCCUGGAAUUAUGACCAGCUUUUGUUUUUAAAUGAAAUGAUCUUAAAACUUUUGAAGACUGAACAAUAGCUACUAAACACUUGUGCAACGACCUGCUUUUUGAUAAAGCUUUUUUCUUUUCUUUUUUUUCUUUUUUUUGGCCUUGUUUUUGUUGUAUGUUGUUGAUUGAAGGCGAGCCGAUUCCUCGGGUAUGUUUUUGAAAUGAAGACUGAGCCAAUUGGAGGAUGUUUCCACCUUGGUUUUUUUCCAUAAAUAAAUUAACUGUGUUCCAGUCCUUCUCUUUGAAGCAUUUUGCCUUCAUGAAAAAUCUGAAAACAAACGCUAACCGUGUGCUUGAUUUCAAUCACAAUCUUGCAUUCCUCCCGUGUAUUGAGUGACGUAUCCCUUUCAAUGUUUUGUUUUUUAAUGUGUUAUUCCUCUAUGGUAGCCUUCACAAUUUAAACACAAUCCUUUUCACAAAAGACUUGAGUUGACUCAUCAGAAGUCGCCUUCACAGUUCAUGCAGGGAAUCCGUUUAAGACGGCCCAGUUUAAUGGCACAUUUUUUUUUUAGCUUUAAUGCUAUUCCUGGUUUGACACACAUAGUGCAUCCACACACUCAUCCUCUGGGUGGUUGUAGAGUGGUUGACUCAGAAUGACUAUAUAUGGGGAAAUUCCAGCCGGUACAGCUGAUGUGGAGUAAAGAGCUGGCUGGGAAUGGAACAUGUUUCCAUGUCUGCAGAGAGGGCUACAGAGACCCCGCCUUCCUGUUUCAGGAGAGUACAGAGUGAUCCCGAACGGAACGUCUCGCCACUGCAGUCUGCCGGUUUUCCUUCUGAAUAGUCCAGGAAAUUGGAGCCAACAGUUUAACUUGGCCUAUCUGACAUACCUGGACCGUUAUCUGCUUUACCAGCUGUCCUUUAUGUGAGAGGCUGUGGGGCUAUAAGGUAAUAAGGUAAUAAACUAAAAGUUCAAAAUUAAUUUUAUUUGAAUUAGUGUACAAAGCGGGACUGGAGGCCUCGGUGGGAAGUAAAAUGAAUGUUUGGAUACUUCUUCUGGCAAGUGGAGACUCCAAAUUAAAGGACCUGUAGGAAGUGCUCUGUAAGAAUUGUUUUGUGAGAAUUCCUAAUGAUCCCAGUAUUUGAAAGACCUGAAAUAGAGUUAUGUUGGCCUCAUCUCCUCGCCUUAACCUGCAGCUCCUCUCCUUUGGAACUCAGACAUUAAUGGAGUGGAGUGGAGUAUCUUGGCUUGAAAUACAUAUACGGUUUGGCCCAGGUUCAAUCUCUGCAAUGGCCUUAGUGCCGAUAUUUCAGUGACAUAAUUGAGCCAAUGUUGGUCCCUCCAAUGACAUCCAUUUGCACUGAUUUUCUGAGACAGCUGGACUGAUGGAGCUUGGAAGAAAAUGUAAAGGGGGAGAGAAACGCUCGCCAUUAUACUGGUCAAGUUUAAGGACCGUGCAUUGCAGUUAGAUUUCUUAGAGCCUUUCCUAAAACAUGAACUAGUGGUGGGAAGUGUGCCAUUACGCUUUUGUGGACUUAGUGAUGCAUGUAUUUCUCAUGAGUCUGUACCGAAGUGAUGUAGAAGUACAAAUUUCAGUUUGUAUUCUGCAGGGGCGAAGCUUUCUUUCAGAGCAAGCUGUGGGCUAUCUAAUGCUAACCCACAGUGACUGAAUUUUCUAAUCAUUUUGUAUGAAAUGUGAAUUGUUCCUUAUGAAAACUGAUCUAUAUACACCAAUAAGGAAAUUUCUGUGGAAAAUAAAAUAUGAUUCUGUGUGCGUGAAA